AAAUACAUCGUUAUGUAAGAUAAUCUAAUGUGUUAGUGUGUUGUUAUGUGACUAGACUUUCUUGCUAGAGUGGGAAGAAAAUAACUAAAUUAGAGGGGGCCAUAUUCUAAGGACCCCAUCGGACCUACUCGCCUCAAUUUCCACUGCUCCAUGUCCAUUAUAACAUUGAGGAAAUUAUGGCAGCUUCCCUCCCCCUCCUCCCUACGCCUCUCUUCCUUCCCUUUCUCCUGCUACUGAACCUCACUUCUCCUCCUCAUUCCAAGCUCUCUCUCAACCCCUUAAAAAACAAAAUCCAAGAACUUUGCCCGUCGAUCGCACGCCCCCUUCCACCACUCCAAGCUACAAAAGGCAUAGCCACGAAGAUUGCCACAAAGAAAACCCCACUUUCUUUUUAAUCCUCUAUUAUUCCAAUUUCCAAAUCAUAUCCCGAGCAAAAGAAAACAGAGCCCAGAACCCAAAAGCUCCCCAGUAAUCAUUUCUCGAUUCCUUUACCUCGCCCAAUACCCUCUUCUCUUCCAUCGAGUUACCACUUGAAGAUACCAAAACAGAGAGAGAGAGAGAGAGAGAGAGAGAGAGAGAGAGAGAGAGGAUGGAGAUCGAAUCAGUGAGGUGCGAGUGUUGUGGGCUGGAAGAAGACUGCACCCAAGACUACAUCACUCAAGUUAGAGACACAUUCUACGGUAAAUGGCUAUGCGGGCUGUGCUCAGAGUCGGUUAGAGACGAACUCAUCAGAGGGAAGAAUAGCAAUAAAGCCAAGAAGUCAGCAGCUGCUUCCUCUGGGAUGAUGGAAGAAGCCGUCAGAGCUCACAUGUCCUUCUGCGGCAAAUUCAAUUCUAAUCCGGCGGUUCAAGUCGCCGACGGUAUGAGGCAGAUGCUCCGGAGGCGUUCCGGAGAGCUUUCUUCUUCUCCCUCUGCCUCUAAGAAGUACUCCAGAUCAGCCAGCACCAAACUUUACUGAGCUGAUGAAAGAAACAGAGUAACAGACAAAACAGGGGAAAAGCAGAGUUUGGGCUCUCUGCUUCAGCCGCAACUGAAAAAGAAAAAGGGAAAGCUUUCUGCUUGUUUCGAUUAUAAGGUAGUUCUUGAUUGAUUAAUCGUCUUCUUCCAUGGCUCCUAAGGUUAUCGAACUUCUGGGUAUCUUCUGUACAGUGGGGGGGCAUCAUUAUGUGAACAAAAUUCCUAAGAGGAGCCUCCUCUUCUUCUUUCUUCUUCUCUUAGCUCUAUAUUUGCCAUUUUCUUGCUGACUUGUCUUCUUAUAUUCUCAUGCCUUGGGGUUGACGGACAUUUUGUUUCAGGGUAAAUCUCUGAGACUUUGAUGGAGACUAAUAUGUCACAAAGUGCCCCAUAGCCCAUAGGCAUGGCGAGAAAUUGAUAAAGCUCGCAACUUUUUCCAUUUCUGGGUACAACCCAGUCGCUUAAACGCCUAGUUCCUGCAAACCCAGAAAAGGGUUGCCAACUAACCAAUUACAGCUAAUGUGCAAUCCUACAAUCAUAUUUUCCACUAUACGAUCUGGUGGCACCUCAAUUAGUUUUGGUUUUUUCGUUAUUUCCUAAGCCCUGUUCUUUGGAGCAAUUAAGAAAACAUUACUUUGGUA